CGUUCCUCCAGAAAAAAAUAAUAAAUGAAAAUUAAAAAAAAAAGGAAGAUAUAUCAAAUGGUUGGCUGAGGAGUGAGGAGCUUUAAUUUUUUUUUUCUUACACAAUCACAAUGGUAUGAACGAAAAAUAACGCCUUAAUAUUUCUUAUAUGCAUUAGUGAAGGUAAACGGGUAGUGAUAUAUGUCCAAAAUGGCUUCACUCUGCUUGAAUUCUUUGCCUCUGCCACCCUCUUCUCAGUCUCAGCCCAAGAAACUGGUGGAAACUUCAUUAUUUUCUUCAGUGAGCUAUAACAGUACUAAUGGCCUUGUCAAAGGAGGAGGAGAGUCCUUAAAACCUAUAGUCAUAAGUGGGAACCCCCCAACUUAUGUUUCUGCUCCUGGUCGCCGAAUUGUUGCUGUUGGGGAUUUGCAUGGAGACCUUGAACAAACAAGAUGUGCACUUGAGAUGGCUGGAGUGUUGAGUGACGAUGGUCAAGACUUGUGGGUUGGUGGAGAAACGGUGUUGGUUCAGCUUGGAGAUAUACUUGAUCGAGGUGAAGAUGAAAUUGCUAUUUUAUCCUUACUGCGAUCUUUGGAUAUACAGGCCAAAUCUCAAGGUGGAGCAGUUUUUCAGGUGAAUGGGAAUCAUGAGACUAUGAAUGUGGAAGGGGAUUUUAGAUAUGUUGAUCCGGGGUCUUUCGAUGAAUGUAGUGAUUUUUUAGAAUACUCAGAUGAAUAUCAAGAUGAUUGGGAAGAAGCUUUUGUUAAUUGGAUUGGCGUCUCCUCUCGGUGGAAAGAAAACCAAAAAAGUACCCAAAAUUAUUGGGGUCCCUGGAAUAUAGUGAAGAGACAAAAGGGAGUGAUUGCCAGAUCAAUUCUUAUGAGGCCAGGAGGUAAACUGGCAUGUGAGUUAGCGCGACAUUCUAUCGUUCUUAAGAUUAAUGAUUGGGUCUUUUGUCACGGCGGUCUUCUUCCUCAUCAUGUUGAAUAUGGCAUAGAUAGGAUCAACCGGGAAGUUUCUCUUUGGAUGAGAGGUCUCAAUGAAACAGAUGAUGGUCCUAGAAUUCCUUUUCUAGCUACUAGGGGCUAUGACAGUGUUGUUUGGAACCGCUUGUACUCCAGGGAUAGCUCGGAAUUGGAGGACUAUCAGGUUGAGCAGAUAAAUUCUAUUCUUGAGGAGACACUACAAGCAGUUGAUGCCAGGGCAAUGGUGGUUGGGCAUACUCCUCAAAUGGAGGGAGUAAAUUGUAAAUACAAUUGUAACAUAUGGCGCAUCGAUGUGGGCAUGUCCAGUGGGGUUCUUAAUUCAAUGCCUGAGGUUCUAGAAAUAAGAGACAAUAAAGCCAGAGUUAUAAAGAGCAAGAGCAGUGCAUAUAGUGAACUUCAGGCUGCUGAUUAUACAUAGGGAUGAAACCAUGAAACUAACCACAUUGCUGAGAUGCCAUAUCAGGAGAACUUGAUCUACGGAUGGCAUCAAAGGAUCACCUUUCACUUGUUUUGUUAUCUAUCCAUGGCAUUCUUACAGCAAGAGCAUCACUAACUUGUAAGUGUAUAACAUCUUUACCCUGAGAGAUCAAAUAAUAUUGGGGCUGGCUUCAAGAAAAAGAAAAUUGAUUUAGCUGCUUAUAUAGUUACUGCUGUUUAUAUAUAUAGCUGGAUAUAUAAACAGCAGUAAGGGAAAUAUCAGAGGAAGUGUAUAUUAUUUAGCCCCAAUAUUAUUAAUAUAGUUACUGCUGUUAUAUGGGGAUAUUCCUCUGAUAUUUAAUCAGAUUCAUGCAAGUAUUCAUUGUAAAUUCAUUUGAGUCUGUAAUUUUUAUAAUAAUUAUUAAAUUAAAAUAUAUGGGAUUGGAUCUUAAUUAUACUAAA